AUGACUUCCCCCGCUGAACUCUACUUCCUCUAUGGAGACGCUUACGACGAAGUGGCCAAGGCAACAGGGCCAGAACUAUGGUUCUUAAACUUCGCCCAUGCGGAUCUAACCACCGAUGCCACAAUCUUCUUUGCUCUGGCAACUCUCCUGGGAGUUAUGGCGAUGUUUUGGGGUGAUCUCGUUCCCUGGAUCUUGGCCGUCGCAAUGAGACUCGUCUCACCCAUGCUUUCCGUGGUUGCAGCGGCCGGCUCGCUCGCCAUGCAGCUGGUUCGCGCUCGCUCUCUUCAGGAGCGAGGCAUCAUGUUGCAUCGAUUCUUUCAGGAUCGCGUGAAGAAACCGAUUCUGGACUGGCGCGCCGCUCGCCUCGUCUGUGUUGGACUUAAGUGGUACUUUCCCGCUCAACAGCCUGCGCGGAUGGCACUCCGGCACGCUAUUACAUUCUUUUGCUGUAUGGCCGCGUACGUGGCAUUUCUUCGCCCUCUCUCGCAAUGGUUGAUCGGCAUUGCCGACGUCCUGCGGGCAGAGAACCGGGGGUUGUCUUCGUACUGCGAGGGCGUUCGCCAAGGGUGGGUUACAGGUCGGUACCUGCUGCCGCAGCGCUUCAGGGGGUAUCACUGUCCCGGUGAGGAGACCGGACUUUGGCUGCGCGUGACUUUCGAGGACCUCUGGCGCAGCAUGCCACGUCUCAUUGACCUCGACGGCGAGAUUCCACAUUUCCGAAUCCUUGCCCAUGCUUUUGCCGGUGUCUCGCUCGUCAUUCUAGUGGCGUUGUUGCUAGGCAGUCUUGCCCAAUUCCUCGUAUCUCGGCGUGUCGAUACGCCACCCUCGUCCUCAGGCCGGAGAGCAGACAACAACGUUGACGAGAAAAGAGUGCCCAAGUCGCCAGUCAGAAAUCCUUGGCAAGAAGAGGUCUUCACUCUAAUCCGGCGAUACGAAGGCAUUCUGACCGAAAAGGACCAGCUCCUGUCCGCCACAACCCAGAAACUCGGCGCGGCCGAGCAGCGGAACGAGGAUGGGUUGGCUCAAUUCCAACAGCUGACUGACAUCCACGCCAAGUGUGCGGAGAAACUGGCCUUGCUCUCCCGCGAGUCAACGGAUGUUGCAGCUCUGCGACGUCGGCUCGCAGAAACAGAGGCACAGAUCACUCUGGCCCAUAUGAGGGCGAGGUGGUCAAACGACGAUGCCACUGCGAGAGAGCAGGCCCUUCGCGGCAAGGUGGCCAAGCUAGAGCAGCAGCUGCAGGCCGAGAAGGAACGUCAGACGGAGGACAGGUUUCUGGACGAGAUCGAAUCGCUCCGAACUGAAAUCCAGACUCGAGAUGAGCAGCUUGCCUUCAUGGAGCAACACCGGGCCGCUGCCGAGAAGGGACUCGACGCCCACAUCCAGGAGCUGACAAUCAAAAACGAGGAACUCCAGACUCGGAAUCACAAGCUCGUCGCCACAGAGGAGCGCUUGACCAUCGCACACGAGGAAAUCGACGCAGAACGUCGCCGAGCUGCCGACAGAAUCCACGAGCUCGAGGCUCACGUCCAGGACCUAACAGCCACAAAUAAGGAACUCCAGACUCGGAAUGAUCAGCUUGCUUCCAUGGAGCGACGUCUGGCCACUGCAGACAAAGAAACCGACUCCGAGCGUCGCCGAGCCGCCGACAGAAUCCAUGAGCUUGAGGCUCACGUCCAGGAUUUGACAGCAAAAAACGAGGAAUUCCAAGCCUCGCGCGACAACCUGUCGCAGAUGUGCAGUUCGCUCGCAACCGUCCAGCAGGAACGCGAUGAUGCCUUCCAGCAGAUCGUCCAACUGCAGAACGAGCUUGAAUCGACAAGGACCACGGCGGAGGCCGUAUUCCUGGAAUCUCAAGAAUCGCUUGCCCAAGCCCGCGCUCUCGAAUCGGAACUGCAGCAAUCCAUGCACGAUCUCCAACACGCCUGCGACUCAUCUCUCGCGCAGGAACGCGCGGCUAGUGCUAGCGCCCGGGCUCGAAUCGCAGAACUCGAGGCCGAGGUUGCGGAUCUCCAGACUCAAAGGAGCCUAGCCAUGCGGGAUGCAGAGCGGGCUCAACAACGUGCAGCAGCGACAGCAGCAGCCGCCGCCGCCGCCGCCGCCGCAAACCCCGGACCGCAAACGGUGGAACUGAAGGCAGAGAUUGCAGAUCUCCAGACUCAAAGAGGCCUAGCCAUGCGGGAUGCUGAGCGCGCCCAGAAGCGGGCAGAUGAUGCGGAGAAAACCAUUACGAUUCUGGAAACUCGCUUGUCGAAGCACGAGAACGCGGCCCGGGGCAGCUUACAGGACAUUCCCAAGCGCCAGAUGGGUAACAUCGGAUCGAUAUCUACUGCCUUGGCGGAGAGCGAGGUGAAGGUUGCGCAGCAGCAGAAUCAAAUCAGCGAUCUCCAGCGUCAAAUCGAGGAAUUCAAGAAGGGCGCCUCGGGCCCGAGUGAUGACGCCGUCGCUGAGGAAGUCCAGAAGCUGCGAGGGGCUCUUGAUCAGGUACGGAGAGAGCGGACGGAGGACCAAGUCCGUUGGGACAAGAGAACGCGUGAGCUGGAGGAAGACAACCAAAAGCUUCGCGUCUCGCUGUCGAACGCCGAGGCAGUGUCGCGGCGUCGCGCUGGUGGUCGUCGUCCCCCCGGACUUCGCCGAGCUCCUUGA